UGGGACUCUGCGGGCUCCGAAAGGCACGCCAUCUUUAAACCCCAGAAGAAGCCUCUGUUCUGCGCAUCUGCGCCUGGAUAAAGAUUCACUCUGUCUGCGUUGUGGUCCAUUUCUUGCCAUAUUUUAUAGUUGUGGUCGGUUUAACGUACACGCUAUCUGCUGUUUAUAGUCAACGAGAGUAUUGUAAACACGGAGAAGUUCUAGUUUUGUUCAUUGCCGUACUGACAUCGGCCAUUUAUUGGCGAAAAACAACGGCCGAGGCGUUGUUAUUAGCGAGCUAGCUAGCUAGCUGCUAGCCCUCUGUUGUUGCCAUUAAGAUUCAGGGAGCGUUGUUCAAAAGGCGUAUUAUCCCGUCUUUGUUGCCAUUUGUGCUGCUUGCUUCGGACUCGACUGCGUGGCUGCAGUAGGUCCCGACUUCUCCCCCCUCCCCUGCGGCCCAGCCGGAGAUGAGUGGAAGAUGUCCGUUUCGGGACUGAAGGCCGAGUUGAAGUUUCUGGAGUCCAUUUUUGACCCGAAUCAUGAACGUUUUCGAAUCAUUGACUGGAAGCCGGAUGAGCUGAGCUGCCAGUUCAACGUAACCGGAGAGAAGCUGCUAAUCAUUCACUGCAACAUCACGGAGUCGUACCCAUCAACACCUCCAAUAUGGUUUGUGGACUCUGAUGACCCGAGCCUGACUCAGGUGUUGGAGAGGCUGGACGAUGUCCGAAAGGGCACCACACUGCUCCUGCAGCAGCUGAAGAGGCUGAUCUGUGACCUGUGCCGCCUCUACAAUCUGCCCCAGCACCCGGACGUGGAGAUGCUGGACCAGCCACUUCCCGCCGGGCCUGUGAAUCAGGAACGCAAGCAUGCCACCACAGAUGAGGUCACUUCAGAGGAAGAGGAGGAGGAAGAAAUGGGAGAGGACAUCGAGGACCUGGACCACUACGAGAUGAAGGAGGAAGAGCCGGUGGACGGGAAAAAGUCUGAGGAUGAUGGCAUCGAGAAGGAGAACCUGGCCAUCCUCGAGAAGAUCCGCAAAAACCAGAGGCAGGAUCACUUGAAUGUAAGUGCUCAUUCGGGUGCUGUGUCUGGCUCUGUGCAGGCCUCAGAUAGACUGAUGAAGGAACUCAGGGAGAUCUACAGGUCUCAGAGUUAUAAAACAGGGAUCUACUCCGUGGAGCUGGUCAAUGACAGUCUGUACGAGUGGCACGUCAAGCUGAGAACGGUAGACCCAGACAGCCCCCUGCACAGUGACCUGCAGGUCCUGAAGGAGAAGGAGGGAAUGGACUACAUCCUGCUCAACUUCUCCUACAAAGACAAUUUCCCUUUUGAUCCUCCAUUUGUGCGGGUGGUCUCUCCUGUCCUGUCUGGAGGUUAUGUUCUUGGAGGAGGUGCCCUGUGCAUGGAGCUUCUAACCAAGCAGGGCUGGAGCAGUGCCUAUUCCAUUGAAUCUGUCAUCAUGCAGAUCAACGCCACUUUAGUCAAAGGAAAAGCCAGAGUGCAGUUUGGAGCCAAUAAGAACCAAUACAAUCUUGCCAGAGCACAGCAGUCAUACAAAUCCCUGGUGCAGAUCCAUGAAAAGAAUGGCUGGUACACACCCCCUAAGGAGGAUGGGUAGAAGGUGUCCGUGGUGGUGUGUGAGCCGGGACCCAGCUGGGUGUGUGUUCAGGUCGUCGUUUCUCCCUUAUGAUUUUACUCUUAAUUAGUUUGCUGACUGGAGCCCCCUUCCCUCCUCCACUCCCGGACUGGUUUCACAUUUUUUUGACCUUGAAAUCCAGAGGGUAGGAUCCCCUAACUGAUCACCUCAUCAUGUAACCUGACAAGAAGAUAUCUUCCCCUCUUUCAGUGUCUCCUUCCUUCUCUCUCUCUCUCUCUCUCUCUCUCUCUCUCUCUCUCUCUCUCUCUCUCUCUCUCUCUCUCUCUCUCUCUCUCUCUCCCUCCAUCGGUCAUCUCCUUUCCUCCACUGUCCUCAUCUCUCUUCCAGCCUUUUGAAUAACGCACGGGAUACUGAAGAGGAAAGAAAGAAAUCUGUCUUUGUCGCUCUUUCAUUUUUUCCCCCCAUUUUUUUUUUUUGUAAGCAGUGGUGUUGAUGGCUAUGAUUCCUUUGGACAGCAUAGGCUCCUUUGACUUCAACCAUGUAAGUAGCCAUGGACUGGACUACAAAAGGAAAAAAAAUAAACAAAGAAAGAAAAAAGGAGAGAAAAAAAAAAAAAAAACUAAAUAUGCUUGUCCCCUCCUUUGAAAGAGUGGAAGGGUAAGGUGGGUUUUGGUGACUUUGUUGUCAGGGGGACGCUAACUUAUGCUGUGGGUGGCUUCUGUGAUGUUUGUCUAGUUGUAUGCAUUUCCCAUACAAUGCCAAGAUUUCCCUCAUUGGAAGCGGAUGCUCUGAGGCUCUCCACACCAGUCCCCUGAGCCCUGUAUACGUAAGCCAAAAUAUGGAGAGGGAGGGAAAGAGAGAUGGAGAGAGAGAGAAAAAAGGGAAAGUUAGAUGAUCAUGGAAGGACAGUCUAUCAUGGUUGGUCUGGUUGAGCCCCGAGAAGGAAGGAGGUCGCCCUCAACCAUUGCUUGUUUCUCCUCGAUCUUCCGUGUAAUUGGCUACUGCCACCCCACUCCCCUCCCCCCUCGGGAAAGCGAGCAGGCUUAGCAGUGGCAAGGUUCGGUUUUACUCACUGUAAACUGUAGUAGAAUUUAACUCCACAUUGUAAACAUUGUACUUAUGAGAAUGAAUCUUCUUAUUUUUUCUGUUGUUUCUUUCUUUUUCUUUUUUGUCCCUCUGAAGUAUCCUUACUAUAUGUGAGUGGGUGGGGAGGGAACAGGCUUCAUCAAAGCUGUCUGGGACAGUGGGAACUGACCUUAUGGACAGAAAGUAAUACAGCCUCGUCAGACGUUAAACAAAUCUCUCCUCGUGGAAGUUAGGAAAACGUAUCAAACGUAAAGGCAUACCUUACAAACCAUGUUUUCUUGUAAAGCAUUUUGAUGACUACUGCUAUUAUUGUCUUUUGUCUUUUUGUUUUGUUUUCUGUAAGAGAUUGGAACGCUUGGCCUUCAGCCAUUUCUUAAUGGCAGUGGAUCUGCUUUCAACUUAAUGCCUACAGUGAUCAUUCCUCUAUAACCAAUGUUACUGGUUUUGCAAUAAGCGCAAUUAUGGACACAGGACUUUCACAUGUUAUCGUUUUGGUUUCCUCCAUCAAGCCCCGUAUACAAGGACACAGACAGAUUUAAGUAACGCGGACUAAACAGGCCGUGAUAUUAGUGGAUGAAUUAAGAAAAUGAUCUCCAUGUGUUUUAAUCAUGAGUACUUUUUACCAACAUUUGAUCGAGCAGGUCAUUGGAAUUACAUCGGAGGUCAUUGGAACUACAUCAGACACAGCUCAGAUCGGUUCUCUUCAGUUUAAGGGCGAGGCAGAGCAACCUAGGUUUCUUUACUGAGUCAUAGGUCAAGAUGGACGCACACAACACACAGGCUACCAGCCUACGUCUGCUUAACAGAAAACACAUCAAGGGAUUCCUUGUAGCCCACAGUCAGCCUAUGGAUUUGAGCUUAGUUAUAAAACCGUACUGAUUCGCAGGAUUUUCCUUCCAUUCUCUUGCCAGGGAAAGGUCCCAGACCUAUUCCGUUCAUUCCCCAUGAACAACUUCUGCUAUGUCUUAGGGGUUCUGAUCUAAUUGGACAGAAGAAUCUUUGGACGGCAUGUUCCACUGGUGCUCGUAUAGUCCUUCCUAAGACCAGACUUUGCCAUUUGUCUAAAUUUGUGUGUGUCGUCAUUGACUUUAAUUACACAUCCUAUCGUUAGUGGGCAUAUUAAUAAAUGGGCAGUCUCCACCGACAAGCUUCAAGGACAGAAUCAAACUGACUUCCAUGGAUAACAUACCUGAAAAAUGCCCAAAACAUCAUGUAAGAACUAUCUAGCCAUUUGUGUUGUGCUUCCUACCAUUGGGGAGUGUUCAUUUCACUCUGUGUUUUUAAAAUAUCAUGCCUCUUUCAAGUAGAACUACUUCUCAAGCAGUACUCAAGGAAUGCUCUUUUAGAUGGCCCCAGGAAAUGACCUUUUCCAGUGUUAAGGAAGAUUAUUAUUAUUUUGUCUUUUUUUUUUUUUUUUUAACUCUCCGAGCACCAAUGUGUGCUUGGAGAGUCCAGGGACAGGCCUUAUUUGCUUCUGUGUUGAUAGAUGUCAGUUGGUGGUUCCCUCCUAAAGCUCAUUCUUGAGCUGACCGUUGACGUUGCAAGAAACCGUUGUAUUAAUCCAAACCAUCCCGGCCCCUGACUCGCACGGUCUCUCUCUCUCUCUCUCUCUCUCUCUCUCUCUCUCUCUCUCUCUCUCUCUCUCUCUCUCUCUCUCUCUCACGCACACAGAUACACAGACUCACACUCUCUCGUUCAGACUACUGCCCAGACGUACUCGGCCCUAAACGCCAGCACUGGACCAAGGUGUAUCAUGGCGAACGCAUCUCUUCGAGUCCUCUAGAGUUCCAGUCGUAAUCCUCCUCCUGACUUCUACUUGCGUGUUCCACGCAGGCUGCUCUCUCACUAACCGUUGCUGGGGUCCCAGUGUGUGUGUGUGUGUGGGGGGAGGGUUGGGCCUGGCUGAGCUGUAGUGGGCCGGGCCUCCAAUAUGUUCUGGUUCAGUUCACUGGCCUGUUGUUGUUAUUGGGUGGGUUAUGGAGUUAAGCACUGUUAGCAUGCUUUUCAAUUUUUGUUUUAUUUUAUUUUUUUCAUUGUAAGUGUAAUUUUGACCAUGUACAGUAAUUUGUAAACUUGCAUCAAGUUUAUGAAUAAAGAAUUUUAAGAAAUAAAUGUUA